AGAGACAGACAAAGACAGAAGAGAAAGGGCAACUGCUGAUUUUGAAGAACAAACUUUGAGCCAUGGGUGUCUUCUGAUUCUGUAUGAGGAAAUAGCAACUGAAGCACCGAAGUUGUCCUUCCUUGUCUGGAGUCCAGGAGUAAAGAAGCCGAGAGUUGGGCAGAAAGCAUCAGCUUUAAGGGACUACAAGCAGCUGCUGCUGCUGCUGAUUCUGUCCACUGAGCCAACACGCUGCUGCUGCCUGCACAAGGAUCCAGGAUUUCCCUUCCAAAGAGCAAAAAGAUCUAAAGCAAUGAUGAAGACUAUGUCCAGUGGGAACUGCACCUUGAAUGUGCCAGCCAAAAACUCCUACCGCAUGGUUGUGCUGGGAGCCUCCAGGGUGGGCAAAAGCUCCAUCGUCUCACGGUUUCUCAAUGGCCGCUUUGAGGACCAGUACACGCCCACCAUUGAAGAUUUCCAUCGCAAAGUCUACAACAUUCGGGGAGACAUGUAUCAGCUAGACAUCUUGGAUACAUCUGGGAAUCAUCCAUUCCCUGCCAUGAGGAGACUGUCCAUACUCACAGGAGAUGUUUUUAUCCUUGUGUUCAGUUUGGAUAACAGAGAAUCCUUUGAUGAGGUCAAGAGGCUCCAGCAGCAGAUUCUUGAAGUCAAAUCAUGCCUGAAGAACAAGACCAAGGAAACAGGUGACCUACCCAUGGUGAUCUGUGGCAACAAGAACGAUCAUGGCGAACUCUACCGCCAGGUUCGCUCUGAGGAAGCUGAGAAACUAGUCUCCAGUGAUGAGAACUGUGCCUACUUUGAAGUCUCAGCCAAGAAGAACACCAAUGUGAAUGAGAUGUUCUAUGUCCUUUUCAGCAUGGCAAAGCUGCCCCAUGAGAUGAGUCCUGCUCUUCACAGGAAGAUCUCAGUCCAGUAUGGUGACACUUUCCACCAAAAAUCCUUCAAGAUACACAGGGUCAAAGAGGCAGAUGCCUACGGCAUGAUAUCCCCCUUUGCUCGCAGGCCCAGUGUUAACAGCGACCUCAAAUACAUCAAAUCCAAAGUCCUCAGAGAAGGGCAAACAAGGGAAAGAGAGAAAUGCACUAUUCAAUGAAGGAAGCUCCGCUGGGAUGGAAUCAAUAGUGUUUAUGCAGUGCCUUAAAAAGAAUGGCUGAUGGAAGAAAGUUCUUAAUGGUUUUGUGAGGUCCAAGUGAGGAUGGCAGAUUACAGUCAUGAGAAUAGUGCUUGAAACCACUUUGUCAAAAGUACUGUACCAUUUAUGUAAAGAAGUAUCUUAAAAUGGUAGUACUGUAAAUACUUGAAGCUGCCUGGUAGGUAACUGCCAUAUGCAGCACCUGUUCCUUCAUCCUUUUUAAAAACUAGUUUUCUAUUUGUCGUUCUCUUCUUUGGAAAAACUGGGUGUGUGAAGCAAGCUGAAUCUCAGCUUUGCACAAGGGGUUAGUGCAGGGUGGGUCUGGUCUGCACAAGGUUACUGACUUCCCAUCAACCAGUGAGCAACCUUUGCCGAGAAGAUGAAAAUCUGUGUUAUCGUUUUCCUCCAGACUUCUUCACAAACAAGAUUCAUUAUUCAGCUUCCUAUCUUGGUUCAAUGAACUGAUGGUGACUCUCCCAAAACAAUUGUAUAUAUAAAGACAUGCAUGGAUCUCAUUUGUCCUUAAGUGGAUUUGUCAGGUCAGAAGAAUGUUUGAACAUUUGGAAGUUGUGGGGGGAAAUGCACUUUUUUUCUGGCAGUGGCAAUUCUUCAUCAAUGCAAAUAUCACUUUGUAUUAUAGCUUUAACUUUGUUUUUGUUUCAAGUAAAAAACAGAUGGCAGAUUGUCUGUUUUAGAUGAAAUGUGAGUUAAUCAGUAAGUAUGCUCUGGAAAUGCCACCUGUUUUCCAGUUACAUAAUGUGUACAGUAGUUGAAGUUGUUGUACUGUAGAAACCAGCACAUCUGACACCUUCAUGUGAUUUUGCUUCAUGUAGUUUUUGGUUCUUUGAAAGAAGUACCUAUACUUGGGAAAUUUUACUAUACAUGCUCCAGAUCCCACCUGCCUGCCAUUCCAAUUACCCUUUAUGAUGUUUCUGUUUUAGACUCUGUUGCACACAACCAUGGUAGAUGUGCAAAGCUAGGUCUUGCAAUCUAUCCAUUGGCCAGCACCACCUUUCUUACAUUAGCAAAGCCAAUGCAUGUCUACUCAGAAGUAUGUGCCAUUGAGUUCAGUGUCACUUCCAGGCAGCAAUGGAUGAAUCUGCCAAUUUCACUUUCUCUCUGUUUCUCAUUUUUCCAGUCUUCAGUUCUCCUUAUCAGUUUGCAAACAUCUUUUUACAAAAAUAAGUCCUCAUGAAAAUUCACCAGCAUUUUAGUGUUUGUUUCUCCUAAUAAAUAUACAAUUUUGUAUGUACGUUUGCCUAAUAUACACAUUUUUGAAAGCACUUUCCCUAAUAUAAUACAUUUUGUAUGUUAUUUUCACUAACAUAUGCAUUUUAUGCACAUCUUCCCCUAAUAUGCACAUUUUAAUAUAUUAUCCGGUUGCAGAAGUGUGAAUCUUGAAGGAUAACUGUGUUUUGGUUCACAUAUUGUUUAGGGAAGUGUGAAUUAGACAGGUUUCUAUUAAAAUGUGGAUUGAACUUCAUGUAUGCCCCAUUCUUUCUCCCAGGUAUGUAUAGGAUCCUAUCCACACUUACCUGGGAGUAAAAUGAGACUUACUUCUAAGAGUGUAUAGGAUUGUGUUGUAAGGUCCUGAUUUAGUGCAGAUUUAUUUGGAAAAGGGAAUGCAAUUCUACACUUUCUUACAUCAGAAUAAAGUCAAAUAUAACAAAUAGGAUUUAGUUCACAGUACACAGACCAUUAAAAUCAGUGGGGAUUAUUCUAAGCAAGCAUGAUGAAGACUGACCUGCAACUCAACCCAGUCUAAAUUUUCCUAGUGUUCACAUGUCUGAGAAAUUUCUUAAAACAGUAUCUAGUUCACCUAAUCAGAAAAAAAGCAAGGUGCAAAGUUUAGCUUAGGAUGUGACUGUCUUCCAAGUCAUAUCUAUUGGGGAUGGGGACACCAGAGUACUGGCAACUAGGGUUUUCUUUUAGGAUUGUAGAGCAUCCCUUUUUUUAUAAAAGAAAAAAGACAGCAUAAAAUCUGUAGUUUUCCUCCUAUCACAUCCAUCUAUUUAUAGCAGGAUUCUUAUUGAGAAAAAGGAACAUGUCCAAAUGAGACCUGUCUGUCAUUAAGCCCUAUUUUAAAAUCAGGAAACCAAAGUGGUUCUUGACAUCUGUGGUAUCUAUGUGAAGAGGAGGUACAUUGUACUCAGUACAGUCACAUGAUGACAUGACACGUGCCCCAACACCUUUCACAGUGGCCACUUUCCCCCACCUUGGACCUGUGACAGCUCUCUGCUCAUAAUGGACCUGUUCAUCUGUGCAGAGCAUGUAACUCUACAUGUCUCAGAUGUGCUGAGGUUUGUGUCCAUUCCCCAUGAGUAGGGAGCUGCCACAGGUUUAAAAAUAGGACACAUAAGUAUACAUCUGCCUCAUCUCUUCUUUAUUCUGUCUUGUCCCCAUCCAGACGUCCUCUGCCUGUCAUUCUCUUCUUUCUUUCCAUUUCAUAUUUUCUUACUCAAUGUGCUGAGGCAUCUAUGUGCACUGAAAACACAUUUUAAGGAAAAAAGAUUACCUCGGGUAAAAAAUUACAUGGGUAUGCAUUGGGGUGUGUGUGUGUUGCAUGCAUGUGUAGGUGAGUGGGUGUGUGCAAUAUGUGUUUGUGCGUAUGUAUGUAGCUGAGGAAAGACUUCAGGCUUAGUAGUGUUGACACUGUGCACAAUGUGAAUCAAUACAUUGUACCAGCCCUUGAAUAUACUGCACCUCUGUGUUUUAUUAUACCUCAUAUUCUGUAUAUAUGUAAAUAGUUCUAUGUGUGCUCUGGUUAACGUUGCAAGCCUUACUGACACUGAAUGAGUAUUCACUCUGUAUUCUAGCUGGUAACAGAGGCUUAAGGAUAUUUUGUUGAAGUCCCUAACAGACAAAAUGAUCUCCCUCAUUCUUCAACCCCACACACACACACCCUUAUCUUGCAAAUACUUAAACAGUAUUGUUUAAUUUCUAUUGCCAUGGCAACUCUCUAUGUUAUUUUCAGGUGUCUCAUAUAUAUGUAUAUAUAUAUAUAUAUAUACACACAUAUAUAUACACACA